CGAGUGUCAGCUCCCUGCUGGGCUUCUAUCAGCUUCUAUGGGACUUCUGAAUUCUUUGUCAGUAGAGACCAGUAGAGACGAAGCAAGACGAAGUGACGAAAGAAACUAAAGAUCAGUCAGAGAAAAGAGAAGACUGCAAUCAAGAAACAAAACAAGAAUUAUAACAAUUAAAGAAGCAAAGCGGAGGAAUCGUGGUACUGGGCCGAAAUCCAAUAUACGAAAGAAGAAGAAAAAGAAGAACGCAACAAACCUAUGAACUCUAUGAGCUUUUUGUUUACAGAGCAACUAGAGUUACAUAACCUUAAAAUGGUUACGAAAUGCAUUGUUUGCAAUACUAUUCAUAAUAAAAAUUAUAGCGCAUCUUUUCAUUCAUUUCCGCAAGAUAAAAUAAGAAGAGAAUUGUGGAAGGCUGCUUGUAACAUCGAAGGUUCGACUGAAUCAAUGAAGAUCUGUUCAAGACACUUUACCUUAGAUAGCUUUUAUGAAACAGGACGUGGAACUAGGGUUUUAAAUUCAUUAGCAAUUCCCACUUUAUUUUUAUCCGAAGGGGAACAAUAUUUUGACAGAUUACGAGCUGAAUCAUUACAAUCAAUGAUUUCAUCUGAAUCCAGUGAUAGUAGCGAAAUUGAAAUUAAAAAGUCAUCAUCUAUUGAGGAACUCAGAGACCAUAAUACACUGGAGACUAGUGAAGUUCGUCAUACGGAAGUAAUGGAUACCAAAGAUAUAGAUCCUUCAGCCUAUUUUGAAGAAGACAGUAUUACCGAAGAGAAAGUAUUUACACCCAUGUAUUACCCAGAAGUUUCAUCUGAAGAUCAUUUGGAACCUACUUCGUUUCAAAACGCUGACGUAACUACAUCUGUGUUGACACAAACUGGUACUCCAAAACGAGAUGACAACAUUUGGCAUCCUGCAAGAGUCAGUGAUUGCAAACUAGAGCAUUUUUCAACUCCCCGAAGGGCACAUCAAUGUUUCCAGCUAGCUGUGAGUAAAUUGCGUGAAUAUGAAUGGAAGUUGGCAUCUUCCCAAAAGCAGGUAAAAAGACUACAAACGAAGGUCCAUACAUUGCAACAUCUUUUAGCUAAAUUACAGAAAAAAAAGUAAAUAUCUGAAAAUUAUGUACGCUUGUUAUUGAUAUGUAUUUAAUAAUUAUUCAUUAAGUAAUGAUAGACAGUUUUGUACGUAUUUAUAAAU